AUGGCAAGAAGUACCCAACAUACAAACUCGAGACGGCAAGUCCCCGUUGUUGCUCAUACACUUCACUAUAUCAGUGCUUCUGAGAUGGUUUACGAAGUUAUGAUGACAGAUUUGAUCCUUCACCACUUGAUAAGGAGCUUGGCCAGUGUAUUUGGAGUUGAUCGCGAGAUCGUUACUGUGAACAAAGAAGGUAUCAGCGGGUCAGAAAUCUCGAAGCAUUCCGCCGAACAAAAGGGCGCUAAAUUUGAGGAGAAGAACACGGCCGACGUCUACCGUGUGACAAUAAGUGGGCUGGCUAGCACAAAACUCAACCCUGAGGACCGUGAAAUGGCACUAAAAGAUCUGCAAAAUGCUGUUGACAAGCUUACGCAAGCGUUGACUACGGCCUACGGCGAUCAGGUUAUCGUCGAAGUUUUGGCUCUCUCCGAACCAGUGAAAUCGCCGAGUCGUCACGAUGAGCAGAUGACAUUGAUCAGGAGAAAAAGAGCUGCUGACAUGACAGAAACGGAUACAAAUCUGAAGACAUGGCGCGAGUCAUUAAAUGUGUACGUCUUCACGUCGACUGACUAUCCCGCUAUGUUUGCUAUCUUCGCUGGACUGGUCAUUGCCUUAGUACUGGUAAGUAAAGCCUAG